UCUGAUUUACAUUUUUCCAAUAUAUUUUUGGCAUCUCUCAAUUUUGUCUUGCGAGCCACUGGGAUGUUAGGUUGCGGGUCAUUAUAAUGAGCGUACAUCUUGCUUUGACAAGUUCUCUCUACAAAAACCCCCUCUUUUAUUGUUCUUCUCUGCCUCAGACUGACCCCGUCUCUUCCACCCUUCAGUUCUCAAACCAGUCCACAGAUUAGCGUUCCAGAGAUGAGUGAAGAAAGCACUAGCUCAAGAACUUCAACAUGUAAUUCACCACCACCACCACCACCACCACCACCACCGUCCCUGGCCACUACCAUUACCAAUAAGCUCAAUAAACAAAACCCAAUUCAGCAAAGCUCAAGAUCAAAGGUCAGAGACAGCAGCAAACACCCAGUUUAUAGGGGUGUUAGAAGGCGAGCCUGGGGCAAAUGGGUGUCAGAAAUCCGUCAACCUCGUAAGAAAUCACGUAUUUGGCUCGGAACAUUCCCUACGCCAGAAAUGGCAGCGCGUGCCCACGAUGUGGCAGCGUUGUGUAUUAAAGGUGACUCUGCCAUUUUAAAUUUUCCAGAACUUGCGGACUCAUUACCACGCCCAGUGUCUGUAAUGCCACGUGACAUUCAGUCAGCCGCGGCGAAAGCUGCUGCCAUGGUCGAGUUUAAUUCACCAUCACCGUCCUCGUCACUGUCGUCAUCAUCGGUGACGGUGUCUGAAGAUGUGGCUGAAUCCGAGGAGUACUUGAGUGAAAUCGUGGAGUUACCGAAUAUAGAAGGGAGCUAUGACUCUCCUGAUCAGUCACGAAUUGAGUUCAUGUUGUUUGACUCGGUCGAUGGCCAUGGAUGGGUGUAUCCACCACUCGACUUGUGUGGGGAGUUCUCCGAUCAGUUAUUGGGCCUGGAGAGCUUGAUUUCGAGCAACUUUGCAGGGUCUGUAUUGAAUUGAUGGCUAAUUAAAUUGGCGGUGUGCUCACGUUUUUCUUUUUUC